CAAGGUUUGGAGAAUGAGCUGAAUGAGUGCAGGCAUUAGAGAAGGACACUUACGGUUCAUGUAUCGGCAAUGACUUUUGUUGACCGUGCUAGUACUGCUGAGCUGCAUGCAGUGUCAUCUUAUCAAGUGUUUGAAAUUGGUGCAUUUCAGAAACCUGAUACUGAAGGAGUAAAGGGCCUUUCACAACGUCCUUCCUACCCUCCUACCUUCAGAUGAUUUGGCUUCAUCUUUUCCAAAGCUGUUGCAGUCCCGUGUGGUAGGGAGGAUCUCCAGAACUGCCCCAAACCAGGAUCUUUUGUUGUGGUAUUCCAUCAUCAGAGUAUGAAAGCUCCUUAGCUGUGCCAGGUGUCUCGGAGGGUUCGGCACCUGAAAUUCUGACGCUAACUCUUAUUCCGUAGGGAAGACCGGCAAAACUGGGCAUUAAACCCAGACUCCAAUUUCAGCGUUGUCACCUUAGAGACUAGCCUUCCUCCUUCAAACUGCAAUGCAUUAAGCAACGUUAAGGCAGUUUCCAUGUCAAGAAACCCCUGGUUUGUGUGAAGUCCCCCAUUCCCUCUGCCCGAAUCUCUUCCUCUGAAGCGGUCAUCAGCGUGUGGAGCCUGCCCCACACCCGCCACCUGCCAAACCACGGCCUUUACCUGUGUCUUCCGGUGUUUCCCGUGCGACCCAUCCUGCGGGAGUGCCUCCUGGGCCACCCCAGAGUUCACGCAGCGCUCAGUGGCUCCAAUGGUGAAGAUGACAAGGUCCAAGACUUUCCAGGCAUAUCUGCCUUCGUGCCACAGGACCUACAGCUGCAUUCACUGCAGGGCUCAUCUUGCCAACCACGAUGAGCUCAUUUCCAAGUCCUUUCAAGGAAGCCAAGGACGAGCAUACCUCUUCAAUUCAGUAGUUAAUGUGGGUUGUGGCCCUGCAGAGGAGCGGGUGUUAUUAACAGGAUUACAUGCGGUUGCAGAUAUUUACUGUGAAAACUGCAAAACCACACUGGGUUGGAAAUACGAACACGCUUUUGAAAGCAGCCAGAAGUAUAAAGAAGGCAAAUACAUCAUUGAACUAGCUCACAUGAUCAAGGAUAAUGGCUGGGAUUGAAUGGGAAGAGCCCAGCCCUACCAGCGUGUGAGAGAAUGCCAUCCAACCGAACAUUAUAUCCAAGAGUGAGAGAGUGACUGAACGCUUGGUUCCAUGCAUUUAGAGGCUCUGCGAUUUGGGAGCAUCUUCACACCCUUCUCCAUCCUUAUUGGUGACUGGCCUCUAAAUUUCUGUCUCUCUGUCUCUUUGCUUUGUAUCUGUUUGUGAGUUGACCCUGGCUGCUUCUCUCUCUGUUCUGGCGUUGGCUAAGAGAAUGCACCGAAUGCCCGACAGCCAUUCCAUGUUGACGAAUGUUUAAGUACAAACUGAAGUUGGCUCUGUGGUGGCAUUUUAUCAGAAGGUCUCAGUGCGGGAGGAAGACCUGAGUUUUGGGCAGGAGAAGGUGAUAGGGGGUGGGGAGUGGGCCCGAAGGGAAGUCAUCAGAAGUUGAAACUGUACUUCUCCUUUAAGUCCUGGUUAACCAAGGCUUGAAACUGUCUACUUGUCUAAAUGGACAGAAAAAUACCUCACGGCUGCGUUCUCUCCGAAUCGUAAAACCGCUGCUCCAUCGGUGGAGCUUCAGUCUAAGCUGGCUGAGCACCAGUUCCCCCCGCAAGCUAAUCGCAAUUCUGUGUUUUGUUUGCCAUUUAUGAACUUCUUGUUUGGGGGGGAGGACCUGAAGGCUGGAGAGAUUCCCUGCCUCUCCUUUUUCUCGCUGUUUCAGGGUAGGUAGGCCAAACGUCCCAACAGAGCACAGCUGUGGGGAGUGUCCUCACAGCUGGAGAAACCAAAUCCUGACUCUUGAGCCCUUCAGAGAGGAGGAGAAAACCACUUAAGGCACAAGGGGGCCGGAGCUGCAGCUUAGAAGAUAUGACAAGGGGGGAAAAAAAAAAGGCACGUGCUAGGCAAGAAAGAGGAAAUAACGUAGAGGGGGAUGGGGACAAACUUAGUAAUGCAGGGUACCCCUUGAUUUCCCGGCCUCCACUGAGCGUCUUUGGGGGUCUUUUACCGGUCCUUCACAAGCGCGAGUAGGAAAAUGCUGUUACAGAAUCUUUUUCUUAAAUCCCAGCUCUUGGAGCCUGGCGGAGAAAUGGUGUGAGAGUGGGGAGAGGAGGGAGCAGAGGAGCCUGGCGGGUGGGGGAGUAUUCCACAGGUGUUUAUUUCAAGCCAUGAGGUAUCCUCCCCAAAACCUUCCCCCCUUUUCCCACUCCCAGAAGCCUGUUGCAGGCACAGGGGGAAUGGGAAAGAAAAAAGAAAUUAAACAACUUCCCCCUACCCCUGAAAUUGUCUAUGCCUUGGAGUUUAAAGGGGUGGGGUAGAUGUGGGCAUCAUAACUGCAAGGGACAAGUCCUUCCCAUUUUAAUUUUUUCAUUUUAAUUAGUGUGGACCUUCCCGAGGUGGUUGGUGGGGAAGGGGCGUCGUGUGUGAGAGGGGAGCUGCGUUAGACAUAAAUGACAAUGUGAAGUUUGCUCUGCAACAGUCCAGCCAGUAUCUGGUGCAUAACUCAAGACUAUUUAACCAAAUUAGUUUUAUCUCUCUGAGUGAAUUUUCUUUUCGUUUGUGGAAUUCUUUCAAGUAGGUUAAUCCAUUGGGGGAAAUCUUUGUUAAUCCAGAAGGAAGGAGUAUUGUGCAGGGGUUUGUAACUCCUUAUGAAACUGAAGCUUUGGAGCUGUAAUCCGUUGUCGCUUGCCCCCACCCCCAGGAGACUCUCAGUUAGCUGUGGGGAUCAGGACGGAGGGCUGGUGGUGAGAAAGCAAUUUGCUGUUAAAUGAAGGGGAUGUGAGCAGAGAUGCUACUUAUGGGUCAGGGUGGAACUUAAGUGUUGGGUCCUUGGGCUGAAACCCCGACCUGAUGGCUCAUCUAAGCAAAGGCUGUUUUUUCUCUUGAACCACUAUUCUUUACAACCUUGGAGAGAGAAGUGAGAUGGAGGCUGGCCGCAGCUCCUGCAAUGGAUGGAGUUGGCUCGGUUUGUGGCUAGCCUGUUAGGAAGUGGCUUUCUGCUGUGGCUGUGUGACAGUUGCUUCAGCUUUCGUUUCUGAUCAUCUCUGCUUCCAUCAUCCACAUUCCCUUCAGUGGUAAAAAUCUAGCGGAAAUCAAAAAUUCUGCAGUACCUGCUAUCUUGUUGACUUUGGCACCGACCUGGUCCCAUUUUCCUGUCCUUUGGUUGGUGAUCCAUGACAAUUUAUUGGGUUUCGACUAGUGGGAAGUAAUUUGCAUUCUUUGAAGAGCUCUUCAGGUCUCCCCAGAUACGUAGCCUUUAAAGGGGUCUGGUUGGAACUGGGAGAAGUAAGGGAUAACCCCAGGUCACUAAUAUGAGGUUGAGAAAAAGAGCACACGGGCUUACGGUUUUAUGUUGGUAUUUAGAGUGAUUGCCUAUAAAAAAAAAGAUAUAAAAGGUAAGCCUGUCUAGAGGACUGCUCUGAGAAAUAAGAACAGUUACUACAGAGAGCUACCAGAUGUAAAUGUUUUUAUCCAUAUAUUUGGGACAAGAAAGGAUGAUGAUCCAUCAGAUCGGGCUGGUUUUAACUGUUCACAGGGGUUACGCUUUUAAUGGCAACCACUCUCAGCUUGAAUACGGCAAGAUCUUAAUCUGGUUUUAAUUGGUUUUGUCCCAUCAGCAUCCACAGAGUCACACUUGCUGAGAAUCUGGCCUCAAGCCCUGAUAGGAAGAAAGUAUGUGUGCCUGUAAACGUCCCCAACACCCAGAGAAUGACCUAUAGAGUGACUUUAAUACACUGUAUAGGGAGAUGAGGAAAAACGGGCUUGCGAGGCUCAUUGCCGUUUGUUCUCUGCUAUGUGUCCAUUAAAUAUGAAGUACUUCUUAGUCUGCUGCUAACUCAUCUGUGACUUGCUGUAUUAAGACACAUGACAGUAUUGGGAGCUGGUGACCAGACAGGAUGAUCAGAUCUGUAUGCUAGUGGCUACCACAGUCGGCGCAGGCUACACUGAUGGCUCGUAGAGUGAUAUAUUCAGAGCAUAACCAAAGAACCUCAUUCUCUGCAUCCCUCUGGUCGUGUGAGUGGACUGUAGCCAGUUCGUUAGCAACUGGGGUGAGCAAGGUGGGACGUUGUUUCUGAGCUGGAGGUGUGGCCCACGGAAACUGCCUCCUUGGGCAGGCAUUGCCUGAACGCAGAGCACCGAGUGCCCGUGGUGCUGCUUUCCGGGGGUGACAUCCUCGAGAAAACACGAACAGCAGCGAGUUUUGCUCUUUUUAUGUGGCAGCCUCGUCUCUGGCAAGCUGCGUGCACCCUUGAGUUUACAUCACCGCCGUCUACCCCAAAGCUCAGGCUUGAGUAAGUUUUAAAGUGUUUUGCUCUGGUGGAUUAUCUGGUGUGAAAUCCUGAUCCCUGUAAUAAAUAUUCAGAUGAUAAUAUAUACAAAGCAGAAAAGAACCAUUAUCUUGUGAAAUAUACUUUUGUAAAUAAUAUUUAAUUUUUUUAAAAAAAUAAUAUAUUUGGUGCUGUUUUCUCAGAGCCCCUCCCUGAGAGCACUUUUUUGUUGUUUAUAAAUGAUACCGAUCCUUCUGUAUUUGUUGGAAAAUAUGUUUAAAGGGAAACAAAAAUCAUAAUAUACGUUGUCCUCUUAAGUCGAUCCAUUUUUCCUCUGGACGUGGCAGGAGAGGGGAGUCACUCCUGCUUCCAUCCGGCAGGAUUCAUCUCCGGCGCAGGCGGGGGCCGGGGUACGGACGGGAGCCCGUGGUCCGGGCAGGUACUGGUGUGUGGGACGGGAGGUAGCUCCAGGCACUCGGGCAGCGCUCCGAUGUCUGGAGUUACAUGCUGAAACACCUUCACUCCGUGCCGGAGGUCCCGUCCGGCAGCCUGAGCCCCGUGUCAGCUCACGCUCCCACGGUGAGUCCCACAAAAGCCGGUGGGGCUCUGUCUGGGCACGACUUUCCUGAGGAGAUCUGGUUUGUAGCAUCCGGGCCUGAAAUUUUUCUCUUGCACCAGUAUUGGCUGGAGUGAAGUAGAUACCGAGACUUAGAAAUCAGGAUUGAAUAUAAGCUGCAACCUCUGAAUCGCUGUUUCCAGUUGCUUGGGGGCAGCAGGGGUGGAGGAGUAUAGGAUUUCUAAUUAGUCAUUGUUUUUAAACUAAAACAUCAGUCUUUGGACAUGGAUCCUGGUUUUCUUUUGGUUGUUUUGUUGUUGUUUGUUGUUGGUUUGUUUGGUUUUUAAACCAGGCUGCUACAUGACAAAUUAGAGUAAAAGUUUACCUCUCUGGCAGUAAAGUUAAUUUUCUUUUGUUUUCCUUUGUGUCUUUAACCGCCCCCCUUCUACCCCUUCUUCAUUCUUAAUUCAUUGGGUCUCUUGUUUAUCCCAAAGUGGACCAACAGCACAAACCGCUGGACUGUGUUUUGCUGAGCAAGGAGCUGUUUUCAGUGCUGAAUAACUGUUGCACGCUCUUUAAUUCUCUGUUCUUGGUGCACACGAUUUAAAAAUCCACAGGAAAAAAAACCCUGCGAAUGAAAUCUGUUGUUCUUGUGAUGAUCAAGUGAGAAUUUUCUCUGUAUGCGUUUUUCUAACUGGUACGUGAGAGUGUGUCAAUCAUGCGUUUCGCUGCACUUCCUUGUUUGGGGAGGAGCAUCGUGCUUCCGUGUGAACCAGUUCUUGGAUGAAGAGGUGACACCCAAACACCCGGUUGGGGAAACAGAUUGGCGAGAACCAGAGCUCAGCUCGGUGGGAAGGAGCUCUUCUCACCAGGUGAGAGGCCUCAGAAAUUAAAUGCUCAGAAACAAUGACGUUAGACAUAGAUUCUGCAGAAUCCUGUUUAAAAAGAAUAAGCAGAAGAGGGGGAACAAAAUCAUCUUGAAUUCAGAAAAAAAAUGAACAUAUUUAAAUGCAAGCAGAAUGGCAUUGUGUAAGGUACAACCACAAAUAAGCUAUUCUCAUAGUUACGAACUGUAUGUCUCCUUUGUUUUGUUUUUCAUAAGGAAAUGGGAAUGCUUUCCCUGCUGACAAAACUAAAGGACAAUAUUUCCGAUACCAGCCUGUCUAUUGAUGCUCUUGUGUUUACAAAUUGUGUAUACUUUUAUUUCUUCGAUCUUAUUUUAAUUUUAUUUUUUGGCAUAUUCUUUCAGGUCAUUUGCUUCAGUAAUAAAUGCAAUUGUUUGUUUUCAAAUAAUUGGUUUUCACCUUUUCAUGUAUUUGUACAUUGUAUAUAGUUCUUCAGUAUUAGAGGGAGGCGUAUUGUUUGUCAUAUUUACAAUAUGUGUUGGUGCUCAUUUGAGAAAAUAAAAUUUUCAAGUACUAAAA